CAUCAAUUUAUUCAUGCUGUAAAAGAUCUUGAAGGUCUCAUUGUGCAACACAUGUUUGAGCUAUCUAAGGCAAAUCUCGCAUCCACAGGCUACAAACUUCGGAAACAGAUCUCGAAAGCCAUUGUGAAACGUUCUGGCGCAAUCCGAUCAGCACUUGACAAAUACAACAAGCUCGCUGUCUCUCAAAAUCCCCAAUGGCCUACACUUCAAUACAGUGAGGUUAUGUCUUAUGCAGCUCUCAGCAAGUUCAAGAUUCUCAAGUGCUCACGCCAUGACAUACUUGCGAAGCCAUGGAGCAAUGGCAUCCAUUGCGAGAUGACCAAUAAGUAUUUCAAAAUCAUUUGUGCACAGGAAGAAAUAACUCGACUGAAUGUCAAAAUACAAUGCCUGCAGGCAUGGGUUGACAUGGAGGAUUCUGGUAUCAAACGGAUGGCUACAGAACUUGAUUCAACGGAUACGCCACUUGCUGUGGAGCUGUGGUUACUGUACAAUCACCAAUGCUGUAUUAACGAUGUGCAUCACAACUGCCUUGCACACAUAUAUAGCUUACCAGGUUACACUGGUUCUAUCCCCUUACAAGUGGACACAGUGGACACUAGCAGCGAGAAUGAGGAGGAAUAUGAUCCAAUGUUAGAAGGCGAGGUGUUGGCACAGUUCGCGCCCUGUAUUCAGUAUAUUUCACAGUGA